AGGAAAGCAGCUGCCUUCAUUUCCCCUCCUCUCCAACCCCCCCAAAUAAGUGAGAAGAAUCUGACAGACAGUUGUAAACAGGAUAACCAGUACCUACAUACCUCUAUAGAAGAGGUAAACUCAACCCUAAUGUUGUACCAGAAACAGAAUGAUUUAAAACUUUUCAAUAUGGACUCCACAGUUGGCAAUCUAAGUUGGAGAGUUGCUUCAUUAGAAAAUCAUAUGACAGUGAAUAAACUGGAAAAAAGAGAAAACCUGACCCUUGGCAUGGUAAUAGAAAAGAAACCAAGGAAUGAAACUACUACUGAAAAGAAUAUAGAAAACGGGGAUUCUCAGGUAUCUAUGUUAAGAGAGAAGCUGCAGCUGAUCAACGCUCUGUCAAGCAAACCAGAAAGUGAUCGAUCUGAAGCAUUGAAAAAAAGGAGGAAAACUCCAGAGCACUACAUCAAAGGGAAUAGACAUCCAAGAGACUUGUCAUUACCUGGAAUAUCCAACAUAGAAGACCUUCAGGAUUUAUUCAGGACCAUCAGCCAAGACUCUGAUGGCAAGCUAUCCUAUGAAGACCUGCAAAAACUGGUUGGAUCUGCAGUGUAUGAUUCCCAGAGCUUUAAAGAAUUUGAUACAGAUGGAGAUGAGAAGUAUUCCUUACUGGAACUAAGGAUGGCUUUAGGUUUAUAGUAUCUCUACAUAUA